AGUUUUGGCUGAAAGACGUCGUUUUUGUGCUAGUUGAUCUUUUCCUAAGAAACGCUGUCGUCUUCGUCUCUUCUAGAACGACGUCAAUUUGAUCUGACGGAUCUUGCCUCCUCCUGCUCCUCCGGCUCUCGGAGGCGGUUCAUUCGAUUCCCGACGACGGCUGCAAACUUUCCCCUCUGCUUCGUUCAAAGAUCAAAUCCCUCCUUAUUCCCAAUCUUCACUCUAUGAAACAACAACACAAUGGAUUGUGGCCAGUUUGUUCCCUUCUCCACAAAGAUGGACUCUGUUUCAGAGCAUCCUGGACCUGUUGAUGAUUCUGUACUUUAUGAGCAGGGUAGGCAUGUAUCAUCAGCUGUUUGGGAUGGGCAGGAACGCGGUGUACUUCGGUGUCAUGAACAUACUGCAAAGAUUGACAAAUGGUUUCUUACCAAAAAACAAGUUGAGUUAGUGCAAAAGGCAGGAUUUGGAUACUUGAGAUCAGUUCCAUCAAUGGUUAUAGACAAUUCACUCAUAUCUGCACUUGUAGAGAGGUGGAGAAGAGAAACAAAUACUUUUCAUUUGACUGUUGGAGAAAUGACAGUGACACUCGAAGAUGUUGCAUUUAUACUUGGAUUAACAAUCAAUGGGAAACCUGUUACGGGUAUAACUUACACUACUUGUGACUCAAUGUGCAUGAAGUUUCUUGGAAAAGCACCUGGUCCUGAGCACUCGAAAGGUGGAAUGGUGAAGUUGACUUGGUUAGUAGAGGCUUUCUCAAAUUGUCAAGAAGAUGCUCCAAUGGAACAUAUUGAACAAUGCACCCGUGCUUUUCUUCUAUAUCUGGUUGGUAGCACAAUAUUUUGUACAACCAGUGGCAAUACUGUCCCUGUGAUGUAUCUUCAACUAUUUGAGAAAAUUGACGAAAUCAAGAGCUAUGCAUGGGGUGCAGCAGCAUUGUCAUUCUUGUAUAGGGCUCUGGGAAAUGCUUCCCUCAAAGGACAAUCUACUAUUAGUGGGAGUCUAACAUUAUUGCAGUGUUGGAGUUAUGAACAUUUGAAAAUUGGUAGGCCAAAUCUUGUUUUGGACGCACCUUAUUGUUUUCCAUUGGCACUUAAGUGGAAAGGCAGGCGUAUCUUUACUUCACAUAACCAUGAUUUGGCAUUUUAUCGCAAGGCUCUUGACUACUUAGACCCUAGUGAUGUUUCAUGGCUUCCAUAUGCAACCACUGAUGAUAUGAUUGUCCCAGAAGAUUUGAAGCAAAACAUAAGUAUAGGGAGGUCAAAUACAAUAUUGAUAUGUUUUGAUAAGGCUGAGAGACACCUUCCACAACGUUGUUUGAGGCAAUAUGGCAUGCAACAAGCUAUUCCAGAAAAUGUGAAGCCAUGGGAAAGAAAAUCUCGUGGCAUUGAUGAUAAUAUAGAUUUGUCCAAAAAGAUGCAAAAAGAGAUUAAUGAGUGGUUGGAUCGUGGACAACAUGUUAUUCAUGGAAAUUUGCAAAAUCAUAGUGAUGAAGCAUACAUGCAAUGGUACUUAACUAUUACUCGGAAGUUCAUAGGAAGGCCAAAACCUCUGUCACUAGAGUUUGAUAAAAUGAGGUGUGGCUUAAAAGAAAUUGCAUGCAUUGUGAAUGACUUCUCAACGGAGGGAAUGAAUUCUCAGCAAAUGCAAUUAAUUUUGAAAAUUAAAGAAGUAUUACAUGGAUGUUUAGAGGAUUCAAAUGAAUUUACUACACAAACCACUGCACAAAAUACAACUGGAAAUAGGAGCAAAAGGAAAAAGCAAGAAAAGGGAAGUGGAAGAGGUCAAGUUGGAGGUGGAGGUAGUGACAAUGUUAAUAUGGAACAACUAACUGGAAUGCAAAGAGAAGUUGGAAUGCAAGUUAGAAUGGUGUCAAAUUCAAUCAAUACAGUGGACCAUGUACAAGGGUUAAUUGAGGGAAUGCAAGAUGAAGUUGGAAUGCAAGCUGGGGUAUUUUCAAAUUCACUUGAUUCAAUGGACUGUGCACAAGGGUUAAUUGAGGGAAUAACUGAUAUGGGACAAGCUGAAGGGAAUAAUGAGGGAUGGAAUGUGAAGGACCAAGAAGACAUGACAUCAGAAGCAACAGGAAUGCAAGGUGACGUUGAAAUGCAUGCUAAAGGGGUAUCAGUAUCAAUCGAUACAACUGAGCAUUUACAAGAGUUAAUUGAGGCAACAGCAGAUAAUGGUCUAGGCGAAGGGAGGAUUGAGGGCGGAAGUGUGACGGCACAAGAAGGCAUAACGUCAAAGGCAACUGGAAUGCUAGGUGAAGUGGAGACACAAGUUAGAGGGCAAUCUAAGUCAAUCAGUACAAUGGAGCAUGUAAAAUGGUUAAUUGAGGCUAGGGGUGAUAACGGACAACCUGAAGGGAAGAAUAAAGGAGAAAAUGCGAUGGGGCUGGAAGGCAUGACAUCAGAGGCAACUGGAAUGGAAGCUGAAGCUGAAAUGCCAGUUAGACAGCUGUCAAAGUCAAUCGGUACAAUGGAGCAUGUACAAAGGUUAAUUGAGGCAAGGGAUGAUGAGGGACGAGCCAAAGGGAAGACUGUGGGAGGGAAUAUAAAGGUGCAAGAAGGCAAGACAUCAGAGGCAUCUGGAUUAGAAAUUCAAGCUGAAGGUUCAUUGACUUCAAUAAAUGAUGAAAAAUGUUCAGGAAAAGCAACAGAGGCGAUGGACUUGGUGGUGCUUAUUGAUUGUCCAUUGGAUACAAUGAAAGAAAAGGACACAGUGACUAGGUUAAAUGAAAUUGAAAAUGAGGUGGCAAAAGUGGGCAAGGUGGAAGAGGCGUCACAUUUGGAUGUGCUUGUUAAAGAUGCAUCAGAGGCAAUGGACAUAAGCAUUGCAACCUUAACUGAAAAUGAAUUGCCAUCCCUAAUACCAUCUGCACUACCACCACUAAUUGUAAUUCCUAUAUCAUGGCCUAUUAAUGACAAUGUAACCAUAGAUUGGAUCCAAGGUUUGAUGUCUACUUUUGAUUGGUCAUCACAGAAUUUGGAUCCCUCCAAAUUCUCAUGUGUAUUGCCUGUUAGUGUGUUAGAUAGGCUUGUUGCUCAUGCUUCCAGUAUGCUGCAUAAGGAACCCAAUUGUGUCAAUAUUGAAAACUGUGGACGAGAUUCGAGAGUCGUGGUGGUGGGGGAUGUGCAUGGGCAGUUGCAUGAUCUUUUGUUUCUCCUACACGAUGCUGGUUGCCCUUCUGAGAAUCAGUUCUACGUGUUCAUUGGCAAUUAUGUUGAUUUAGGGGCUUGGGGUCUCGAGUCCUUCCUUGUGUUGCUGGCUUGGAAGGUUUUUUUGCCACAUAGAGUAUUCCUUCUUCGAGGAAAUCAUGAAUCUAAACUUUGCACAUCUGUCUAUGGUUUUGAGAAGGAAGUGAUGGUUAAGUAUGGAAAUCAAGGGAGGCAUGUAUAUCGCAAAUUUUUAGACUGCUUUAAAGAGCUUCCUUUGGCAUCAAUUAUAGCUGGGCGCGUUUAUGCUGCACAUGGUGGACUUUUUCGUGAAGUUUCUGUCAAGCCAUCAAGGAAAUACAGAGGGAAGAAGAAGCGUAAAAUAGAUGUAAACCUUGAAUCAAACACUUUAUCCAUUGGUUCUUUAGAGGAAUUGUCCAAAGCUAGAAGAUUGGUUCUUAACCCUCCAUCUGAAGGUUUGAACUUAAUUCCUGGUGAUGUGCUAUGGUCUGAUCCAUCGAGGAGCCCAGGUAUCUUGCCUAAUAAAGAGAGAGGCAUUGGUUUAUUAUGGGGUCCAGAUUGUACAGAGGAUUUCUUGAAGAAGUUUCAGCUGAAGUUGAUUAUUAGAUCUCAUGAAGGCCCUGAUACAAGGAAAAAGCGACCUGAUCUUGCAAAUAUAAAUGGUGGGUAUGCUAUAGAUCAUGUUGUAGAGUCAGGGCAGCUGAUUACUCUGUUCAGCGCUCCAGACUAUCCUCAAUUUCAGGCAACAGAGGAGAGGUACAACAACAAAGGCGCAUACAUUCUUCUGGAACCUCCUGAGUUUGAUACUCCAGUUUUCCAUAGUUUUGAAGCAAUAUCUCCAAGACCAAAGGUAAAUCCCUACUACGACUAUAAAAAUCUGAUUGAUUCUUAUGAGGAAUUGGCGCUGGCAUCAAAGAUGUCAUCCCCUUGAAGGUUCUUAAAAUGUAUAUAUUCUUUUGAUCUAGGAUAUAGUUGUCCAGUUAGGGAUGUAGAUCAAAAUGCUAGUCUUGGUUUGGCAAUAUUUGCCAAUCCCCUAGACCUGCUAGUUUUGAUUUGGCAAUAGAAGUUUCUCCAGGUCAAUUCUUAUCAUAAUUCCCUGCAUAUUGCAGUGAGUUUCUGGGGGGAAAAAAUACUGAUCCUUUCACAUUUCAUUCUCACCACUUGUAAAUUAUUUUACCUCACAUUCUCUCCAUUUGACCGACUAGGUUUUAACAUGUUUAAGCCUGCGUGCGUGCGCGCACCUAUGUGUCUCUCCCCUUUGAUACAUUGAAAUGAUCUCUGCAAGUGUUCAUAAUAAAUUUUAGGUGCCUACCAUUGUUGUU